AAAAAAAAAAGGAGGAGAUUCAUUCAGUUGCAACCGACCUUAACCACCUGUUCUAGUGGCUUUGUAGUAUUAUCAGCUGGUCAUAACUACAAGAACAAGUGGUGGUGGUGGCCCCUGGAGUACCAGUUACCACAACCGCCUUCCGGACCUGAAUCUAAAUCUGAAUCUGAAUCAUCAUCCACUGGUUUCGAGCUGCAGGUCAUCCACCGUCGGCUCCUUUUUCUCCUUCUUCUUUGCGUGGGACUUGCGUCUAUCUUCCUCGAUCGGCUUAAAAAUAUACCUGCCAGCCAGGUGCAUAGAUUAAGUAUCCUUUUCUUACUCUACUACUUCUCCGAUUGACGGAUUGAUCGUCAAUAUCGAGGACUCGAAGACAUAGUUUAUUAAGGACGCUACAUUUGCUGUCCUGUGGCAUGUUUGGGUUCACCGAGAACGUCUGAUGGUAUUUUACUUGAGAGCAAAGAGGAAGAAGCCCAGUCAUGGCCACUGCUGCAGUUAUUGGACUUAGUCCCGGAAAAAGGCUCCUCAGCUCCGCCUCCUAUUAUUCUGAUCUCUUCUCCGAUAAGCUAUCUUGCACCUGCGAUCACUUUCUUCCUGUCUCCUCCAACAGCGUAUUAGCUGCUAGGAGGUCUUCCAAUUUUAGCCCCAAAAUUCUCUCCCGACACAAAACCCAACCAACUUAUGCUCUCAAGGAACAUGCUGAAACUGCCCCUGACCUCUCUAGCAUCCAGCCCUGGCUCCAUGUCAAUGCGGACGAGGAAUUCCUUGAUCCUGAAUUUUCCAUGCAAGCUCUCCUCCUGCUGCAGAAGUCUAUGCUUGAAAAACAGUGGAAUCUUUCAGCUGAAAACGAUUAUUUAGUCACCGGGACACCUCCAACAGGAAAAACUUGUGUGCAGGUUACUUCUUCUGGUUCGUCUGCUCGACGCCGUAGAAUAGACAGUCGGAGACAUCCUCUUAGCAGCAGAAAGAGUUCUGUUAGGCAGCUUCGUCUGAGCAGGCAUCUGAGAUCCAUUAUCAGUCCUGAGCUCCUUCAGAAUCGUUUAAACGGCUAUGUAAAAGGCGUAGUAAGUGAAGAGUUACUCACGCAUACCGAAGUGGUACAGCUUUCAGAAAAAAUAAAACAGGGUCUCUGCUUCGAAGAACAGAAGGCAAGACUGAGGAAAAGACUGGGUUGUGAGCCCUCAGAGGAGCAACUUGCGACUUCUUUAAAGAUUACUCGAGCGGAUCUGCAGUCAAAGCUCAUUGAGUGCUCUUUGGCAAGGGAAAGGCUGGCAAUGAGCAAUGUCCGGCUUGUCAUGUCCAUUGCACAGAGAUAUGAUAACAUGGGUGCUGAAUUGGCCGACCUUAUUCAGGGUGGCCUUAUUGGAUUACUUCGAGGAAUUGAAAAGUAUGACUCAUCAAAGGGGUUCAAAAUUUCUACUUAUGUUUACUGGUGGAUUCGCCAGGGUGUCUCAAGAGCUUUAGUUGAGAACUCGAGGACAUUGAGAUUGCCUACCCACCUCCAUGAAAGACUAAGUUUGAUCCGUAAUGCUAAGAUCAGGCUGGAAGAGAAAGGAAUAACUCCAUCUGUUGAUAAAAUUGCUGAAUCUCUGAACAUGUCCCAGAAGAAAGUCAGAAACGCCACUGAGGCUGUCUGCAAGGUGAUCUCACUUGAUAGGGAAGCAUUUCCCUCAUUGAAUGGUCUUCCAGGAGAGACUCUACACAGUUACAUUGCAGAUAAUCGGCUAGAGAAUAAUCCGUGGCAUGGAGUUGAUCAAUGGGCCCUCAAGGAUGAAGUGAAUAAGCUCAUUACUUCAACUUUAAGGGAACGAGAAAGAGAUAUUAUCCGUCUCUACUAUGGAUUAGAAAAUGAAUGUCUCACAUGGGAGGAUAUUAGUAAACGGAUAGGUUUGUCAAGAGAGAGAGUAAGGCAGGUUGGACUCGUUGCUCUCGAGAAACUGAAAUAUGCUGCCAGGAAGAGAAGACUAGAGGCGAUGAUGGCGAGAGAUUAGACCUCCUCUCCUUUUUUUGGUUACAGAACAGUUCAGGUGUAUAUACGGAGACAGAAAGAAGGAAAAGUUGCUUAUUUAUUUGAAGAUGAGCAUGUUGUACAAAUUCCGUCACCCAUAUUUUAACUCAUAGAACUGAGUAUGGCUCAACCUUUUCCGAGUAACUGUAUCAUGUAUGUUAGAAUGUGUAACUGAUCAUCCAUGCCAUCAUACUUCCCUGAGGACAUUUGCCAAUGUAGAUGAAGAUGUGUAGUGCCACUCUGUAAAUCCGAGCCAGUCAUAGGUUACGAAUUAUUGGUGCUGUACUUCUUCUAAUUUCCAUAUUAAAUGAAAGAUGAACAUUUUUGUAU